AUGCCAUCACGCACCAAAGAACUGUAUUCAGACGUUAUCGUCAUUGGUGCAGGGUUCGCUGGAUGUUAUCUCCUUCGCAAUCUACGCAAACAGGGAUUCCAGGUCCAACUCGUUGAGGAAGGCCACGGAUUGGGAGGCGUUUGGUGGCAUAACCGAUACCCCGGCGCCCCCUGGACGGAGAAGUAUCCCAGCCAGCCUGAGAUUCUUCAAUACUUCGAAUUCGUCGACCGGAAGUGGGCUCUUAGUAGGGACAUCACCUUCGGCGCGAAGGUCACUGAUGCAACAUUUGAUGCGAACACCAAUCGUUGGACUAUCAUGACCGACCAAGGCCAGCUUAUGUCAGCUCGCUUCCUGCUACCCGCGAUGGGCUUUGCCGUCAAGACAUACACUCCCGAUUUGAAUGGUCUUGAAAGCUUCGAAGGGUUAUUGUGUCACACGGCUCAUUGGCCCCACGAGCCAUUGGAUCUUUCCGGCAAACGUGUCGGAAUUAUUGGUACCGGAGCUACAGGCGUGCAACUGGUUCAGGAAAUUGGUCCUGUAGCUGAGAAGCUUGUGGUUUUCCAGCGAUCACCAAAUUGUACCAUGCCGAUGAGACAGAAGAUCUCGGGGGAUGGAGAGGCAGAUAAGAGUGGAUACGAAGACCUCUUCUCUCAAAUGAAGAAGUCUAGGGCUGGUUUCACAUACCCAGUGGUCACCAGAAAGGAAAUGGAUGACACACCCGAACAGCAGCAACAUCUCUUUGAAAAUCUAUGGGAGGAGGGUGGAUUUGCGCCUACUCAUGGCAACUACUCGGACUUUAUGACAAACCUGGAGGCGAACCACUUGUUCUACAACUUCUGGCGGGAAAAGGUUCGACAUAGGAUACACGUGGACGAUGAUGAAUUGAUCGAGAAUCUCGCUCCAGAGAACUUGCCCUAUCCUUUCAGCACGAAACGGCCAUCACUGGAGCAAAACUACUAUGAGAUUUUGUCGCAAAAACGACGCCCGCCACGUGUGGCGCUGCGACAGAUUUUCAACCGAAACAAUAUCAAUCUCGUCGCUUUGAAGAAAAAUCCCAUCGACAAGGUUUUGCCGGAUGGAGUGAGGAUGAAGGAUGGUACUCUCCAUAAGCUCGAUGCUUUGAUCCUCGCAACCGGGUUCGAUGCAAUCACAGGAAGCUUCAGCAGAGUCAACUUUCGGGGCCUCAAAAGCAGGUCACUGAACAAAGAGUGGAAAACUGGGACACGCACGUACUUGAGUCCAACGGCAACUGCCAUUGGACCAGUCAUUUCCGAAAUACAGGGUGAUUGGAUUAUCGGGACACUGGUUCAUCUACGAAACAAGGGGCUUUCAAGAAUUGACCCCCAACCCGCCGCCGAACAGGAAUGGGGACGUUUGACGGCUGACUUCUGUAACGCAACGCUGUUAUCGCACAACAAGACGACCUGGUACAUGGGCGGCAACAUUCCUGGAAAACAGCGGGAAGCCUUGAGUUUCAUGGGUGGAAUCCCGAAAUAUCAGAAGGCCCUGGAUAGUUGUGUGUCGAAUGAUUUGCAGGGAUUCAACUUUUGUUGGUUCAGAUUAGACCUUCUUUGA